AUGGUCGUCGUCGUCGCCAGCCCACAGCAACACCAUCUCGACCAUGCCUUGGAGCCUUUACAGCCACCAUUACAGUUUGCUGAGCAGUCCACCCCAACAAGGCAGGCCUCAUCCUCUCGAGCAGCACAGCAGUCCAACAACACUACCUUUACGGCCACUACCUUUACGACCACUACCUUUACGAACAAUACCACCUCUUCUUCAGUCCGGAUGCCACCCUCUAGACCAUGCUGUCUCAAAUGCCAGCCCAUCCUCCAGCAUUCCAAUUCCACCGCCAGUGUGCCCACCAAUCAUCCUGCCCACUCGACCAGAUUCGUCACUCGGUCCAAUCAUGCCACCGUACGUUACUAUCUCGGCCCUACUAUCGUCCCUGCAUCCACUGCCAAAGCACUGGCACUGGCCAUCAUCCACGACGGCCUGACCGAUCUACCCACAUCUUCAGCCCACGACAAAUCUGCGUUCAGUCCGCAUCCUCCUGAGCAAGCCCACGAUAUAGCGGCAGCAGACUAUGCCUCCUUGCCGCCAGUGCAGUCACAACCUGCAAGGCCAGCUCCUCCCUUGCAUACAUCUACGCACCCCUUCAGCACUUGCAGCCCAACACAACCUCCAGCACAUGAACAGCGCCAAGCCUUGUCGCCACCUUCUUCACCAUCCACACUGAGGAAGCCUCGUCUCGUCGACAGCGAUCCAUCGUCCGCUUCAGUGCUUUCUAAUGCCUCCUUUGCUAGCGCACAGUCUAUACCCCCUUCCGCCCUUAGCGACUCCGAGCCCGCCCAGCGGGGACGGACCAUCUUUGAUCUUGACCCUUCCACAGCAACCCACUCCUCUUCCUCGCCUUCACGCUCCGUCAGCCCUUCCAAGAAGAGGUUUGCCCUGCUCAAUCGAUCCUUUCCCAUUACCGCUGCAGCCAGCUCCAACCUCCAUCCUCCUCCUUCCAUCCUCAAAUCAAAUGUGCAAAGCGAGAGGACAACUCUCAGAGACGCACGGAGCGCAGAAAACCUACGUCUUGCAGCUUUGCCUCAACAGCGCAGGACAGGCUCCGAAGGCUCCAAAUUCUCUGCCACAGCCGCUGCUACGAACGGCACUUUGUCACAAGCCUUGCCCAUCCUUGAGCUUCCACUCGAUCAGAUCGAAGAGGCAUUCAACGAUUCAGACACUCCCCACCACGUGCAGUCAUCCAGUGAGCCAAAUUCUCGGCCCAACUACGCCUCGGAAGCACAAGCAAUGUCCCCGCAGCCAAACACCUCCCAUCCGGAUCACCAAGCUCCAGCUUUGCAAAACGAGCGCAGAGAUCUAAACAGCAGCAAUGACACUACCAUCAUCAUUCGUAACGGUCAGCAAGUUGGCCGGGAUGGUGGUGCCCCUCAUUUGCGACAUCAAUCCUCUUUCACUAGCCGCUCCGAGUCGUAUCCAGCUGGACCCAAUCAUGGCGCCUCUGCACAUCUUCAACGUCAGGAUCUCCUACAUCCCGCCUGGGAGCAGUCCACAAACGGAGUGAACGGCACGCAUGCAGCCAACGAGAGUCUGGCCAACGGAUCAGCCACCUUGGCCGACCCACUCACGGCCAUGGAGACGGAGGACAACCAGCACAGUCUCACAGCGCCUUGGCGCAACAUUGUCCCAAGGGGCCUGCCAACCAAGCGCUCUCUGACUUUCAGUGGGGAGCCGAGCGCAGCACGUCGCUCCACCAAUCCGGCAACCACUCACUUGCCGCGAGCUGUUGACAGUCACCAUCGUGACUUUUCACGUCAGAGCCGAAUGAGUAGAGCAUCUACCGCUGGCACUUUCAACACCGUCGGCACUGAGGGCAGCUUCGGCCUUUCGGCUGGUGCCCCUUCGACCUUUGCACGAAAGUUCCUGGCCGGCGGUAGCUUCCGAAGCGUCCCGAAGCGCACCGACUCGAUACAGAAUCGAAACUUGCAUACUCAGUUUGGUCCUACACGCACCAAUUCCAUUCGCCAUCCAUUCAGUCCAAGCUCUCCGACUUCCAUCCGCGCACGAAAGACUGCGUCUCCUUUUGUCGUCCGACGUCGCCGUCCGACUCGAUCGGCAAGCCAUGCGUCCAUGCAUCGAGAUCCUUCGCCUCGUAUCUCUGCCAGCGGUACCGAAAUUUCUCUUGCGGAUACAAUCUCGUCAGUACAUGCUCGAGGCGUGCCGCCAGGCGCUGUCGGCACGAGUACCGGCGGUUCAAAGUGGGUCGGUGAGAGCUUCCAAGUCGGCAAGCGAUUCUGGGAUGUCGUCAACGUACGCCGCGCUGAGCUGCAACAAUCACAACCUUGCUCGUGUGGUAACCAUCAGAGCUCAACUGACAGUGCACACUCACCAGACGCUGACGCCCAGCACUCCGAUCAAAAGUGGGCCGAAGAGCAUGCUGCCAAAGUCCAGCAUCUGAAGCAAAGCCCAGAUGGCGUCAUUACAUUGCUUGCGCAGGAGGCUCAAGACAUUUCGGACCACAAGGCCUCGGAGGCACAGGCGCAGGCCCAAGCAGGGACAGAUCAUCAGCAUGCAUCUGCCAUGGACAAGGCUACUCGCUCACGCGAGCAUUCUUCGACAGAGCCAUCAUCGCAGAUGCGGAAGGACAAGUCCGGCAGCGAGACGCCCACGCGCCGAAAGCUCAGCAUCGAUGAGUCGCUCGCCUCAAUUCAGGCGGUCCAUCCGGAUGAGGCGACGCCUCUCGCCAUCGAAGCCCGUCAAGGCUGGAGCGAGAUCGUGUCCAAGAUGGCCUCCUUGACAGGGGAGCUCAGCACCGGCUUGAAGACGCGCACUUUCGAUCGCAAGAGCAGUCCCUCCUCGAAGCUCGAAAGCAAGGCUGCAGACAAGUCCUCUUCUCGCUUAGCUGACGAUCUGCCGAACAAAACACCAGAGCAGAACGGAUCGUUGAAGGCACCCGCUGACUCGGACUUCAAGAUUCGUGCAAGAUCAACAAGCCUAGUCGAGUCUGACAAGUCUUCGACUGCAUCUCAGUCCGUCUACGCCUCUCUACACCCAUCGUCACACAUCAACGGCUUUGCGCCUCGAGCUUCGAGCCUGGCUUCCCGUAUGGCGCCUACCAUGACGAGGAGCGAUGCGCUCUCGCACCCAGCUCCUCCAGCCUCGGUCGAGGCCAACAAUCCAGAGCUGGUUCAUCAGCUGCUACGACGCAAGAGCGAUUUAGGAGAAAGACCCGAUGUCAUGUCGGACGCUGCAAGCGACCAUGCUGUUGCAGUCCGACCUGUGGCAUCGCCUCUCCGUAUGACACCGACACGAGAGCUUGUCUCGCCAAACGCGAUGCCCUUGUUGGAGCAAGGCCCCUUUCCCAUUGACUCGAGCCCGCCCAAUGAGAGGCUCGACCCCGCUCCCAAGGCCUCGGGCUUCUUCAAAUCUGUUGGCCUCGCCAGCAGCCCCGCUCGAAAAAAGACAGUCAAGUUCGAGACUGGCUCGACACGGACUCCGCUUCAGGGGCGAUUUACAGCCUCGCUCUUCGCCGGCAAAGCCAAAGACAACGCCACACCUUUUGCAGAAGUGCUUCCUACCGCUCCGGGCAACGCAGAGCCAAAGCCUCCCGAGGAAGUCCUCACCAGACCACAGCCCAACGUAAUCCAAGCUCCACUCUCCACUGGCAACUCCACCCCCAUCAGUGAAGGGCAGUCGAGCGAGGCCAGCAUCAUCGCCAGCCGAAGUGUGAUCAAGAAAGAUCGCAUGCUCGUCAAGGUCGCCUGGACGCCGCAUCAAGAUCUUCCAACUGAUUUCGACGAACUGCAAGCGCGCAAGUACUCGAUCCGCGAAGAAGAAUGGCGAGAGUUCAUUGUAGUCUUCAGAAUGGGCAAGCUCGAGCUCUACGCAGACUCGUCGCUAACAAGUAAGCUGCGCGGUCACGGCGACCGUCUCAAGCUCCGCUUGACCAUCCCCCUUUCGCGCGGCUCCACCUUUGUCUCGCUGUACUCGCCCAUCGACCGCAUCUUCUGCCUUACCUUCCAGCCUUGGAAACUCUAUUCGGCGCAGCAUAAUGAAAGAAGGAUUCAUCUCCGCAGGCAGGGAACCGACAUCGUGCUCUUUGACUGUCGAGCUCGUUCGGCUGCAGCUGAUUGGAUGUGGGAGCUGUGGAGGGAGCUGGGCGGCCUGAUCCCUGAGUCGCUCGAGAUCCACGUGCCAUCUUUCGGUCUGAAGGUCAAGAUCCCAAUUCCUGAAAGCAUGCCAGUGGAACGAGCUCAGUCGACGAUGAAUACACCUGGCAGUCAGCUGAGCGCCGAGAAAGGUGGCCUGUUUGCACUCAGCUCGAUCGGACAAUCCCAGGAAGGUGGUGAGGGCUUCAAGCUCAUCAACCGCGACAACGUCAUCGCCAUGACCUGGAAGCUAUUCUGCGGCAUCCCGCAGUGGCAUGAUCUCAUGGAGCUUUCUCGACAAAGUGGUCUCAGGCUCGAGCUUGCUUGGCGUCGAGGAACAGAGCUGGACUGGGUCAUUAACGAGCGGACCGUCGAGAACGAGCCUUGCCACUGGGCUGUUCUUUGCGGUGCACUGCUGAGGGACUACAAGCAUCCUUCCAUCUUGGAGCUAAGAGCAGCAGCGCAUUAUCCGACUUCGGUCCUAGUUUCGCCUGGUCAGUACAUGCAGGAACCACCUGCUGUGGAAGGAUACCUGUGGCGUCUCAGACAAGUGUCGGGCAAACCCACCCGUCUAUACUUGACGACCUACGAUGGUCACCUCUACGUCUGCCGCGCCUCUCGAGCCUUCACACCAGACCGUGUUCUGGCGGACAAGAUGAAAGAGACCUUGUGUCUGCGAGUGCCUAAGCCAAGCAGCUCAACUCAGGACAAAAACAACAAGGGCAAAGCUGCUGCGCUUGACUCAAGAAGCGGCUUUGCACGCGCUCUCGCCAAGGUUGUCGGCAACAACACGGCCGCGCGUCGUGACGAAGAUGUGGAAACUCUCCGCCAGAAUGUUAUGGAGCUCAUCAGCUACGCAGCCGAGACUGAGGAAGAUUUGCAAGCUCAGAUCGACGCCUACCAGUCUUUCGAGAGACGUAGGCAGUUUGAGCAGAUCCGAGGCUCGGAUGGAUUUAUCGACCUGAAAACGAUCCACACUAUCAAGACGGUCGGCAAAGGCCCCGAACGCUGCCCAGGCGAGGAUGAUGUCCGCCGUCCUGUGUCUAAAGGUAUGACAUCCUUGAUCUCAAAGGGCCAAGGGGAUUCGGCUGCAGCUCAAGGCGAUGACAAACAGUCGGGCUUCAAGGACGAGCAAGACACAAUUGUCGACAUUGGUGGACAAGAAGGGCUUGAACGUGCCAAAAAUGAGGCAAAGGAAGGCGCCAAGGACGGCGCAAAGGAGAGCAUUGAUCUGCAACGAGCGCGUCAGAUCGAGAUCACGCUCACGAACGGCAAAAGCGUUCGACUGGAAGCGUUUAGCGCAACUGUUGCCCGAGAGUGGGUGGAGUGCAUCUCGGAUCUCGUCAAGUACUGGCGACGUAGGGAGAGAGCCGAUGCGAUCGAGCUCAUGCAAGCCUCGGGUAUCGAUAUGACCGAACUCAACAAGCAGCUUUCAGGGCGCAAGACCAUGGCUCACAGCUUCGACGGCGUUGAGGAGCAGAAGCUAUCGCCCAUCCUUGGCAAUGUUUGGAACUGGUGUCAGAUCGAAGGUUGUCGCAACAUCAUUCGAUCUGGACGGCUCUUCCAUAAGAAGAGCAGCUACAGCGCUUUCAAGGCGCGUGACUAUGUUCUGAUCGCUGGUCGGCUACUCUGCUUCAAGUUGGUCCGUUCCGUCAGAACAUCGCGAGCGAGACAGAACAACGGUAUCUUCCAUCGUCGACAGGAGACAGUGAUCCAUUUGCGCGAUGCAUACGUCUACAGCGGCAAGUUGAGCGAAGACAUGCUCAAGAAUGGACGAUCGGAGCCAGCGCAAGCGGUAUCUGGGCUCUUUGGCGGCGGGUCUAACAGCGGCAAGCGUCAUCGCGUGCCGAGAGUCUAUGCUGAUGGACUCUUUUCGGUGGACGAUGACGAGGAUUGUACCUUUGUGAUUCGUUAUCGUCCCGAGAGGGUCAAUACGCCAGCGGACCCUAGCGUGGGCAGUCUUACGACCAAGAAAGGGAAGGCUGCUGCGCAGAGAAGUUCAUCAGCAGCAGGAAGGACAGAGACGGCAGGCUCGAGUGCUAGUGUGCCAGCGCUGGAGGACAAGAGGCACAAAUACAUCGCAAUGCGGGCACGUUGCAAGACGGAGAGGGAUUUGUGGGUGCGCUGCAUCACGUACGAGAUCGAGAAGAUUGUGCGAGAGGACGUGGAGCGCGAGAAGAAGCUCAAGAACAUUGGCAGGGUCGAUUAUAAGGACCGUAAGUAG